AUGAAGAAUUGUUUGCUUUUUGGGGGAGUCCUGGCCAUUUUUGUUAAGGCUGUUCUUGUGACAGCCCAAGAUGAAAAUGAAAGGAUUGUUCUUGUUGACAACAAAUGUAAGUGUGCCCGGAUUACUUCCAGGAUCAUCCCUUCUGCUGAAGAUCCUAGUCAAGACAUUGUGGAGAGAAACAUCAGAAUUAUUGUGCCUCUGAACAGCAGGGAGAAUAUCUCUGAUCCUACCUCACCAAUGAGAACCAAAUUUGUGUACCAUUUGUCUGACCUGUGCAAAAAAUGUGACACUAGAGAAGUGGAGCUGGAAGAUCAAGUAGUUACUGCCAGCCAGAGCAAUAUCUGUGAUAGAGACACUGAGACCUGUUACACCUAUGAUAGAAACAAGUGCUACACAAACAGGGUCAAACUCAACUAUCAUGGUCAGACCAAAAUGGUGGAAACAGCUCUGACCCCGGAUUCCUGCUAUCCUGACUAAUUCAGGUCAUGCUCACUGCACAGCUGCUUAUCUUGAAGGGCUCUCCAUUUUGAUCCCAGGUAGUUAGUAUAUUUACUCCUGAUGAAUUUGAAACCAUGAUUUUUUGGGGGUGGGGAUAAUAUAAAAUUAACUACCGCACCCCUAUCACUGGCAAAUAAUUGAAAUAGUAACACUGUUAAUGUUUUGAAGGUAAAUUUCUAGCAUUUAAAAAAAUAGACAAGGGGAGAAAAUAAAAUUCAAAAAGUAAAAAAAUCAGGAGGCAUAAUUAAAUUUUGCUCUUUUUUUUUUGGCUUUGCCCUGGAGAGCCUGAGCUUUUGCACUUUCCUUACUAUUCUCUUUAAAAAAAUAUCACUGUGCAG